AUGGGGACUUUGCACCUGGGAAUAUGGUGCUCAACCUUUUUGAUCCUUUCGGUUCUUCUUUUCUCGUCCUCAUGCUUUGUCGGCCGAGUCUUGGCUGAGUACGAGGCAGACCGUGAAGCGCUGAAAGAGUUCAAAGAUAAACUGACAGAUGACCCUCUAGGAGUCACGAGCUCGUGGAAUGAAUCACUUCCCAUCUGUCAAUGGCCUGGUGUCACAUGUGGACGCCGGCACAAGAUGGUCACGGUACUGAACCUACAGUCGUCGAAGCUCGCGGGGUCCAUCGCUCCAGGUAUUGGGAACUUGAGCUUCCCGAGGGAGUUGCAACUUCAGAACAACAGCUUCGUCGGUAAAAUUCCACCUGAAAUUGGCCAUCUGCAAAGGCUAGAAAUACUGCGGUUGUUCAACAAUUCGAUCACCGGCAAUAUCCCGUCUAAUAUAUCUGGUUGCUCUAACCUGAGGUCAAUGAGUCUUGCAGGCAACCAGUUUGAAGGAGAAAUUCCUGUGGAGUUCGGAUAUCUGGGGAAGCUUAACUUUGUUUCAAUGACCUGGAACAAUCUACACGGAGAAAUCCCUCCCUUGUUUGGUAAGUUAUCGUCUCUACAGAUUCUAUCACUAACCGAGAACAUGUUCACUGGUCUUCCUGAUACACUAGGCCAACUGAGAAACCUAACAUAUGCUGCUUUUAGAGGGAACCGGUUGUCCGGUACUGUCCCUACCUCGAUGUUCAAUCUUUCCUCGCUGACCCUUUUCAAUAUAGUCGGUAACCAGAUUCAUGGGAGUCUUCCCUCGGACCUGUUCAUUGCACUUCCGAAUAUCUGA